AUGUAUGAGUAUGUGUGCAACUAUUCACUCGCCCAAGCCGUCAAAUUCGCCACUAAGAACGGCAUUGUGAUCGUCUGUGCUGUGAGCUAUCCUUACUUGCCUUUUCUCAACAACUGGUUGAUAAGUGUUUCGAGACAGAAGCAUCUGGACAAAGUCCUUGUGAUCACUGAGGAUUACGCUAAGCCUUACAAGGUUAACGAGAAGUGGCCUGGUCACGCCAUUCUCGUUCCUCUGGCGCUGGAUUCUCAGACCACACACAAAUUCGGUUUUUAA